AAUUUGGUAAAAAAAAAUAGUAGUAGUAGUAUGUAAUUUUUACAUACAAAUACGCAAGACGAAUAAUUCAUACAUUGAAGGAUUUAUUUGGUAAUUAACGAAACUAUAAAUACAAAUGUACACAACACCUUAUUGACAUCUAAAAUGACCGGAAACCACCCUGAUGUUCUGCUUGAGUGGAUUUUAUUGUGGUGGGUAUUAUUUUGAUUCAGUUCAGUUGAUUCUGUAGCUCAUGUGUUUUGAAACUCAGUUCAGAGAGAGAAAAAGAUUCGUUCAGAUGGGUGCCAGUAGGUGGUGACAAGUGUCUUUAUGUGCGACGUUGAAUCAUUGACGGUAUUAAAUCACCCACUCAACCGAUUCGUUAUUCGACUGAAUUCGUUCACAGCCGCAACAGCACAGUCUCCAAAUCUGUUUUUCCCCAGUUGGAGAUCUUGAUCACAUACAAUGAUUUUAUCAAAAUGCACUUUUAUUAAGAUAUAAAAAACAACAAUAGGAACAGCAGCCUAACUAAACCGAGCUUCUCUUUACCACAUACAAGAGUUACUAGACUCUCAUUCAAAUGCCCAGCGAAAUGACUCCACUGACUCGUUCAGUAAAGGGCGUGUUUGUUGGAUAAGUUCAACCAAUCAUAAGCGCCUACACCGGUCGUACUCGAAUGCUAUUAGUCCGUACUACUGUCAGUCUUUAAAAGACAGGAAAAACGGUCAACGCGCUUUCAAAUGGAGGGACUCGUUAACAGAAAAUCAUGGAAGUGAAUCGUUCACUUACACGAUUCAUUCAAUAACACCGAUUCGUUCACAACAGAGACGGCACUAUAGGCUGCGUGCGCUGAAGACAGUCACAUGCGGCAGUGAGUGAGAGUGAGAGAGUAAGAAGCACCAAAACAUCAUCCAGCUCAUGUCAAAACGGAAUCAGCGACACAAAAACGCCGAACAGCGGCUCAACCAUGGCCUUUUAACGGCGGUCCCAACGAGCGCGUGGAGUCGCAGCGCAAUCCCCGUAUAUCUGGCGCUGCUGCUUGGGGAAAAUCCGCUAGUCGGUUUAGCUUGUGACAGAUAGACUGGCCGUUGUGCUGGGAGAUUUCCAUCCAUGGCAUUGGUAACCCUGCAGCGGUCGCCCACUCCCAGCGCGGCGUCCACUUCCAGCACCGCCACCACCAACGCGGGGGAGGACUUUGGAAGUGAUGAUGAGCGCCGGCUAAAUCAGAGUCUAAGCGAGAGCUUCUUCAUGGUCAAGGGGGCCGCUCUGUUUCUGCAGCAGGGCAGCUGUCCGCAGGGUCAGAGGGGUCAUCCUCACCACAAACAUGCAGGUGACUUACCUCAGCAUCUGCAGGUGAUGAUCAACAUUCUUCGCUCGGAAGAUCGCAUCAAACUGGCGGUGCGGUUAGAGAGCGUGUGGUCGGACCGUGUGCGGUACAUGGUGGUAGUCUACACAAACGGCCGUCAAGACACUGAGGAAAACAUCUUACUGGGCAUGGACUUCAGCAACAAAGACAGUAAGAACUGCUCUGUUGGGAUGGUGCUGCCGCUGUGGAGCGAUACCAAGAUUCAUUUAGAUGGCGAUGGAGGCUUCAGUGUGACUACCGCCGGGCGCACGCACAUCUUCAAGCCGGUGUCAGUCCAGGCCAUGUGGUCAGCAUUGCAGAUUUUACACAAGGCAUGUGAGGUGUCACGAAGGUACAAUUAUUUCCCUGGUGGCAUGGCGCUCACAUGGAUGGGGUACUACGAGAGCUGUAUCAGCUCUGAACAGAGCUGCAUCAACGAGUGGAACACCAUGCAGGAUCUGGAAACACUGCGACCAGACUCUCCUGCAGUUUUUGUCGACAAGCCAACAGAGAGGGAAAGAACAGAAUGUUUAAUCAAAGCCAAACUCAGAAGUAUCAUGAUGUGCCAGGACCUUGAAAAUGUCACGUCCAAAGAGAUUCGCAAUGUGCUGGAACAACAGAUGAACUGCAACCUGAAAGAGUACAAAGAGUUCAUUGACAAUGAGAUGCUGCUUAUUCUUGGGCAGAUGGACAAAGCCACGCUCAUCUUUGACCACCUCUAUCUGGGUUCUGAAUGGAAUGCUUCAAAUCUAGAGGAGCUUCAGGAAACUGGGGUGGGCUACAUCUUAAAUGUUACGAGGGAAAUAGAUAACUUUUUCCCAGGAACAUUUAGCUACCACAACGUCCGAGUGUAUGACGACGAGACCACAGAUUUACUGGCCCACUGGAACGAUACCUACAACUUCAUUGUCAAAGCAAAAAAGAAUCAAUCCAAGUGCUUGGUUCACUGUAAGAUGGGAGUAAGCCGCUCUGCAUCAACAGUGAUAGCAUACGCCAUGAAAGAGUACGGCUGGUCUCUGGAGAAAGCAUAUAACUUCGUCAAACAAAAGCGCAGUAUCACCCGUCCCAAUGCCAGCUUCAUGAGACAGCUGGCAGAGUACGAGGGAAUACUUGAUGCCAGUAAGCAGCGCCAUAACCGACUCUGGCACCCUGAUUCAGAUUGUGAUCACCCUGAUUGCCAACAAGCUGCUGCCCCUUGCUGUGUGAACUCAGAGACUGUGCAUCAUGCCACUCCAGAGCCCACGAACCCCCGAGUCACCGUAUGCUGCGAGCCUACUGCCCACUCCUCUCCAAUUAGCCUAGAUCUGGACCCCAGCCACCCCCAAAACUACCAUUAUUACUUCCGUCGCCUCUCAGACUCAGCCCUCGACAGUGACCCUUCCACACCGAUCCAUGCACCCCCUCUGCUGGACGUAGAUCGUGUCUACAUCGAGGUUGCAGAUGUGGAGCAAGAUGCGUUACUCGACGAUGAAACCUUCGAAGGGCGUGAAGGUCUUCCUUUACAGCACUCAAGUGUCCCAGGGGAGGGCACUGCUGCUCAGACCUGUUCUCGAGGAGCGGAGCCUCUGGAGGAAUUACGUCUGCGGCUAGAGUUUAGCACGGUGGAAGAGGAGGAUGAAGAGGAGGCUCAGAAAGAGCAAGCCGAAAUGGAGGCGUUGGCAGAGGAAGCGAAGAGAGGAGAUGGGAAUGAUAGUGAAGACUUGUCACAUGAAAAGGGGAUUGAUCUGGCAAGCCUGAACCAUCUGUGCAAUGAGAACUCCAACAACAACAACCACCUCAAAACGCAACUAAAUCUUACUGAAAGUGCCCAUCUAAAGCAGCAUCAUUCUGGUUCAUUGUUCGCUUCUAGGCCCACCCAGAGUGGUCUGUUGGAGGCUAGCAGACGAGGCCUUGCCCCUUUACCCCUCAACAGUGUGCCCAGUAUCUCAAUACAGACGCCGCCCUGUGCCAACCUGUCCAUGACAGCCAAGUGUGGCAAACUUGCCUCAGAUCUGUGCCUUGAUGCCAAUGCAAUGCCCUUAGGGCAUAAAGAUAAGCCAGAAGGUAAACCUCUUGACCAAGAAACUAAUAGCUGGACAAUGCUGCUUGAAGCCAAAGAGGAAGGAGAUUCCGGGCAGAAAGAAACUGAUGCACAGGGUUCCUCAGCUCUACUCAGGAACGAAAGAGAAAAGGGUUUGGAGGAUGCAGAGGCAUCUUGUUCUGUGCAACAGCAAGAGGCUCUGGUACAGCUGCAACGCUCCGGCCUUGUUCGUCGGCGAAAAGAGCGCUUGGAAAAACUUUCAGGUCUCUUUCAGGAGCGUGCACGUGCAAAUGAGCAACGGGGAGCCGGUUCAAGCAAAACAGAAGAUGCAAUGAACAAUUCCAGUGAUUCAACCGACCCUUUUCACAGGCCCUUCGGAGCACGGGCAGACUUUGCUACCGAAGCAGCGGUGCCACUGACAAAUGAGGCCUUGUUGGCGGUCCUCGGUUCAGGCGGUUUGACCCCGGUCUCGUCCCCGCACGGUUCCACGCUCACUCGCAGCUCCAGCAGCGACAGCCUCCGCAGCGUCCGUGGCAAACCGGGCCUUGUGCGCCAGCGUACUCAAGAAAUCGAAGCCCGGAUGCGACUCGCAGGACUUACUGUACCUUCCCGACUAAAACGCUCUAACUCACUCGCCAAACUGGGCAGCCUGACCUUCUCAUCUGAGGACUUAUGCUCGGCUUGCUCCUCAGACGCUGGGACCCUCCUCAUGCUCUCGUUAUCUCCAGAACCAGAUCGCUCGCUCAGCCCGGAAUGGGCCAGACCCUGGCCCUCUUCCUCCUCCACAAACACGGAGGUCUUCAACCAAGGUCCUGAAGAUUCCAAGAGCUGACAGCGGGAGAUUUUAGUGCAACAGUACCUUUUGGUUUCAGCUUCACUUGCAGCAAUGUUACUGACAUAUUUAUAGUUUUUUUAAACAUUUCAGCCACUUGGGAUCAUGGGAGUGAACAUAAAAGGAAGAGUGUGUUCUACAAAAGAACUGCUUUCAGUUAUGAAUAUAAACAUAAUAUUCAACAGGUAACCUUCUGGACAGGCUUUUGUUGCAUGGAAUCCAAAUGGAUGUAUAUUGCACUGACUGACUGACUGACUGACUGCUGUUCUAAAGCAAAAUUAGCACUCGCCAUCCCAGAGGCUGUUACUUGAAAGCAUCAAAAUAGACCAUUGUGUAAUGUUUCCAUCAUUCCACCCAUUAAUCGCACCAUAAAUCACUUAUUUGUGGCCCAGAAUGAGUCACAGAUUCCUUCGGACACGGUCACACAUUUGAAAAGGGUUUUCAAAUCAUACACCCUGCUGUGUUUUUGCUUCCUGGCUGGACGGACUCUUCGCAGUGAUUAGGAAAGUUCUUUGUGUGCCGAUGGACUCUCUUAUCAUUCACAGAGCACUGAUGAUUCACUCGCAGGUUUCAAACCGAUACCUCAUACCAGUACAGUACUGUUCAUAAGCCAGACAGAUCACGAAACGGUGUGGAGGCUCGUUAGGAUAGAGCAUACUUCCAUCUUUCUAAUACUUGAUGAGGAAAGACAAUCACUUCAAACGGAUAAAGAAAAUCAAGCUGCUGUUCUCCUUCCACUGAAACGUUCAUACAUGCAGUUUCUGUUCUCACAAAUGUGACUGUCCACGUUGCUGUCAAAAUAGCAGUAGGGUUUUGGGUCACUAUUACUGUUACAGUCUCUAAUAGCACAUACAUGUACUUCAAAGGGAGCUCCUCCAUUGUAGUUCCUCUCUGCUCCUUGUUUCCAAAUGCGAUACAAAUCAGUCAUUUACCCAGGUAUAGAACGACUGUUAUUUUUCAAAACUUGUUACUUUUGUUCCAGAGGCAGUGGCUUGCUGUUUGCAGUUUGCUGAUGUUUCCCAUCAUGCUAUUACUCUACUGUUCUAACUCGUUGUGCAGUUUGUACUUACUGUCAGUUUUCCCGUAACGAAAACAAUGAAAGGUAUACACAGUAGAGCUGAAGAGGUUUCUAAACUGUUCAACUGUGGAAAAAAGUGUGUCCGUCUGUAUGGGUGAAUCUCACAAAAGCAUGUCCUGCUCACAAAAGAGAACAGAAAUUUGAAAUCAUAUUUCAGAUGUAUGAUGCUGAAAAAAUGUUUUUUUUUACAACCAUUAACUUCUUUUAAAAAUGUUUUACUUUUUUUUUUGUUUUUUUUUCCUUUCCUGUGAGCAAUUCUUAACUUCUCUCGGUGAUGACUCCCUUUAGAUUGUCAUAAAUGAAGUGCAAUAAAAAUACUGUAAUAAAGUUUUUAAACUGGCAUUAAAUAAAAGCCAUUACAGUGAUUUCUAAAUAUUUUUUAAUCUAAAUAAUAAAUUGAUAAUAUAUAAUUUUGCAAUUUAUAGUAAAAAUAAGUUCUAUUAUUUGAAUUAAAAAAAAAAAAAAUAGAAUCAUUUUAAACAUUUCAAAACGUAUUGUAUUUUGGAUUUUAAAGGUUUUAUGUCCCAGACAUGUUCUUAACAGUGAGAUUCCCCUUGAUGUGUGUCUUUAGUCUGAGCACACUUGCCAUACCAAUUUAUUUGAUCACAAACUUUGAUAAAAGACAUUUGUCCAUGUCCAUGUGUCAACAGGCCUUUAUUUACCAAUCAGUUGGCUGAUUACAGCUUGAGUUGAAGUACUUGAGGUUUAUUAUGCAGCAUACUUUUCCGAUAUUUUUUAAAACCGAUUUUGUACAUGUAUCUAUGCUACCACCUCGGGUUUGAGCAACAGAAAUGUGAAGUUUGGGAGUGUGUGCGAGUGAGAGGUGCCUUGCACAGUGGCUACACCGUUACUGUGAACUAUUUAUGAACAAAACAACUUUCAAAGUGCGUGUGUGUGUGUGUGUGUGAUUUAAUGUUAAAAACAUGAGCAGGCUCAAAGUAUACACACAGUCUCCACCUCUACACACCCAGCAAUACACUGUAUGUAAAUAUGUAUGUUGGUCAUAUAAUCGCAUUUCUGGAAGUUCAUGGUACUUGCAUCUGAAAGUCAACUUGAAUCAGUUCCCCUGUCCUGUAGGGAAGGCUCGUCUGAAUGAUGUUCGGUUGACUUAAUGAGUCUCAACACUAUUUAAACUUCCUUCUGGGAUCUGAAUAUAAAAACUAAGAGGAGAAAUAAGCCACAAAGCUGUUUAGUGUCAUGAAGAGUCAUGCCCCAAGCCCUCCUCCUCUCACCCAAGUUUUUGCCAUUUUGUGUCUGAUGCCAUAUUGAGGUCAAAUGUGAGUCCGAGAUUACAGAUGAAAUGUUAUUGGUUGCCUGCAUUGUCUCCUGUCAUAAACAUCAAGUGCCUUACCCAGAAGCACUAGAGGCAUUGUUCUGUGUUGUUCUCUCAUUUGAUAAUGUUGCCAGUUAAGGGCGGAGGCCAAGGGGUUACAAAUGGGCACGUUUUAAAGCUGGCAGACGUUGUCCUGUCACACACUCCUACCUUUUAUUGUUGUAUUAAAGGAUCAUUGAUAUUUGGCAUUGUUUCCUUUUAAUUAACGAGGAAGUCGCUGCAAGCUCAUCAAAGCUGUCGCCAAGUUUUGGAGAUGGGAUGUUAUUCAAGUAUGAAGUGAUAACCAAAGUUUUGCAUUGAGGAUCAAUAUUAAAUGCUACUUUUGUUGAAGAUGCUGUAGAUUCAAGCCGUCUGCUUGGGAGAAAUUGUAACUGGCUUCUUUUUUUUUCCGGGAUGUUACACUGAUCUGUUCCCGUAUCAUCCACUGACUUUCCUCUAGUUGGUUUUUGAGCCUCUUUUUUUUUUUUUUUUUUUUUUUUUUUUUUUGUCAAAUAGCAGUGCUGUUAAAUUGCGAUUCUCACCAAAUAGGGAGCGCUCGCUCCUCAUCCGGUCACCAUUAUUAUCGCUAUUAUGCAGUAAUUUUGUCCUUUGUACUGCAGAUUUGCUGUAGUUUCAAUGCAUAUUGCACUUUGUACAUUUUGUUGAUGAUGUACUGUAUGUGUUUAUUAUGGGAAUAAACGUUUUCUUUCAA